AUGGGAGACUUCAAUGCAAAACUAGGCACAAGAGAGAACGGUGAGCUGAAAGUAGGGAAAUUUGGAAUAGGGCAACGGAACCCAAGGGGCCAGCAGCUGGCCGACUUCAUGGAGAAAGAGGGACUCUUUAUGAUGAACUCUUUCUUCCAGAAGCGGCCCCACAGGAAGUGGACCUGGUCGAGCCCCGACGGUUCGACAAAAAAUGAGAUUGACUUCAUUAUGACGACCAGACGACAACUGUUCAGUGAUGUCUCCGUGAUCGCGAGGGUGAAAACUGGUAGCGAUCACCGAAUGGUUAGAGGCACACUGAACCUAAACGUUAAGUUGGAGAGGUCUCGUCUAAUGAAGUCAACGCUCCGUCUCCCUCGUGCUCUGUUCCAAAGUCCCGAAACCUUUCAGCUCGAGUUACAAAACCGUUUUCAGUGCCUAGAAGACUGCAAUGAAGUGGACGAUAUGAAUGACAAGCUCGUGGAAACUGUCCAUGCGGUCGGAGCUAAGUUCUGCAAGACCCGCCGCAGAAGAACACAAAAUCUCUCCGAUCACACUCUUAAUCUCAUGGCUGUUAGACGGGAGAUAAAGCUACAUUCUUCAACAGACUUGACAGCAUACAGGCAUCUGAACAGACAGAUCUCCAAAUGCAUGCGGCGGGACUUACGCAACUUCAAUACAGCUCGUAUUGAAGAAGCGAUCGAGCGGAACCAAGGCUCCAAAGUCUUUGCCAGAGAUCUGUCUGCCAGAAAGAGCCACCUGUCAAAGCUGAAGACAGAAUGUGGCAGCAUCGUUUCCGGGACACCUGAGAUUUUGAGUGAGAUUGAGAGGUUCUAUGGGCAGCUGUACACGUCAUCGUUGGAGCCACACGCAAGUGUGAUUAACGAUCCAAGAGCGAGUCUCAUCCGACACUAUUCCGAAGAUAUCCCGGACGUCAGUCUGAGCGAGAUUAGAAUGGCUCUCCAGCACCUUAAAAACGGUAAGGCCCCAGGCGAGGAUGGAAUUACAGCGGAGCUUCUGAAAGCGGGUGGAAGACCGGUACUUGAAGUCCUUCAGAAGCUCUUUAAUUCCGUCCUCCAUGGUGGCAUUACACCGGAGGCGUGGAGCAGAAGUGCGGUGGUCUUACCUGUGCAUAAGAAAGGAAAACGUGAUGACUACUUAAAUUAUCGCCCAAUUACAUUACUUUCGUUAAUUGAUAAAAUUGUGGAAAAAUUCAUAGGCGAGCAAAUACAUAUAUUUUAUAGGAAUAAUACUGUAAUAAGUCCGUAUCGGUUUGGUUUCCGAUCAGGAAAAAGUACAACUGCUCUUUUAUCAAAAUUCACUGAUGAAGUCAACAGUUACCUUAAUGUAAAAAAAGAGGUGCUAGCCCUACUUAUUGACUUCUCGCGUGUUUUUGACACAAUGUUAUAUAAGCAGCUUGUGGACAGUUUAAACAAAUGUGACGUACGUAGUCCAUUGCUUAAUUGGUGCCAUAAUCACCUGAAGAACCGAAAAUCUUUUGUGAAUAUUGAAAACAACUACAGCGAGCAGAUGUUGAUGACGGAGGGUACGGCACAAGGUUCGGUACUAGGACCAUUGCAUUUUUUGUUCCACGUCAACGAUAUGCUGCAUCGUCAAUUGCACGUGCUACCAGUUUACAGAUGA